AUGCCUGCCACUACCUUUUCAUAUCCUGACUCUUACACCUACCAGACUGGCUUUGAUUCUUAUCAGGAAACGGAAGCCGUCAAGGGUGCUUUGCCAGUAGGGCAAAACUCCCCCCAGAAGGUCGCAUAUGGUCUUUAUGCCGAGAAGCUUUCGGGGACUGCGUUCACGGCCCCUCGACAUGAAAAUAAGCAAACCUGGGUCUAUCGAAUCCUCCCAGCCGCUGCGCAUGAGAAUUUCGUGGCUGAAGAUGCAGAUUCAUAUCACACACGCUUGACAACCGAGGCUAGCAAGCUUCAUCAUAUCCCCAAUCAACUUCGCUGGAAUCCAUUUGAUCUCGACGAGACUGUAGACUGGGUCCAUGGAUUGCAUCUUGUCGCUGGUUCUGGAGACCCUACCAUGAAAACUGGUCUAGGAAUCUUGCUUUAUGCUGCAGGAAAGGAUAUGGGCAGAGAAGCCUUCUACUCUGCUGAUGGAGACUUCCUUAUCGUUCCACAACACGGUGUUCUAGAUAUUCAGACUGAGCUCGGCCGUUUGUUGGUUCGCCCUAAUGAGAUUUGCGUGAUCCCCCGUGGCGUUAGAUACCGUGUCACUCUUCCCGCAGGUCCUGUGAGAGGGUACAUCUGCGAGCUCUACCAGGGUCACUACCAGCUUCCGGAACUAGGGCCCAUUGGCUCAAACGGUCUUGCUAAUGCUAGAGACUUCCAAGCUCCAGUAGCAGCCUUUGACGACGACGACGAGGAGGAAUCUACAGACUACCGCUUGUAUAGUAAAUUCAACAACCACCUUUUCUCCGCUCGCCAGGACCACACCCCAUUCGACAUUGUCGCCUGGCACGGCAACUACUACCCUUACAAAUAUGACCUGGGCCGCUUCAACACCGUCGGUUCUAUCUCGUUCGACCACCCCGAUCCCUCCAUCUUCACCGUGUUGACUGGUCCUUCUGACCACGUGGGCACUGCUAUUGCUGACUUUGUCAUUUUCCCACCUCGUUGGCUAGUGGCGGAGAAUACCUUCCGUCCUCCUUGGUAUCACCGUAACACCAUGUCCGAAUUCAUGGGGCUGAUUUGCGGAAACUACGAUGCAAAGACUGGCGGUGGCUUCCAGCCUGCCGGUGCCAGUCUGCACAAUAUCAUGAGUGCCCACGGUCCUGACUCGGAUGCUUUUGAGGGAGCUAGCAACGCUACCCUAAAACCAGCCAAGGUUGGCGAAGGAAGCAUGGCAUUUAUGUUCGAGAGUUCCCUGAUGGUUGGAGUGUCAGAAUGGGGACUCAAGACAUGCCAGAAGGUGCAAGAGGAGUACAACGAACAUAGCUGGCGUCCAUUGAAGCGACAUUUUAGGAACCCCAACAAGGCUUAA